GCUGCGGCAGAGGCGCAGGCGCCCGGCGGAAGAGCAGGACCAUGGCCGCGGCUCCGGCGGAGGCGGAGACCCGGCAGCGGCUCCUGCGCACCGUCAAGAAGGAGGUGAAGCAGAUUAUGGAGGAAGCUGUGACAAGGAAGUUUGUGCAUGAGGACAGUAGCCACAUCAUCUCAUUCUGUGCUGCCGUGGAAGCCUGUGUCCUGCACAGCCUGAAGCGGAGAGCAGCCGGGUUCUUGCGCAGUAACAAGAUCGCAGCCCUGUUCAUGAAGGUGGGCAAGAGCUUCCCUCCAGCAGAAGAUCUUUCUAGAAAGGUCCAAGAUCUGGAACAGCUCAUUGAGAACACACGAAACCAGGUGCAAGGCGUCCAGGAGAACGUGCGCAAAGUGCAGAAGCUGCCGAACCUGUCUCCCCAGGCCAUCAAGCACCUCUGGAUCCGCACAGCCCUUUUCGAAAAAGUCCUGGAUAAAAUCGUGCAUUACCUGGUAGAAAACAGCAGUAAAUACUAUGAGAAAGAAGCUCUCCUGAUGGAUCCCGUAGAUGGACCAAUUCUUGCUUCCUUAUUGGUGGGGCCUUGCGCACUGGAAUACACCAAGAUGAAGACGGCGGAUCACUUCUGGACUGACCCCUCCGCUGAUGAACUCGUUCAGAGGCAUCGUAUUCACAGCUCACACUGUCGUCAGGACUCUCCCACUAAGCGCCCUGCCCUCUGUAUUCAGAAAAGGCAUUCGAGUGGAAGCAUGGACGACCGGCCAUCACUGUCUGCCAGAGAUUAUGUGGAGUCUUUGCAUCAGAAUUCCAGAGCCACGCUACUCUACGGCAAAAACAACGUCAUGGUGCAGCCGAGAGACGACAUGGAGGCGAUACCGGGGUACUUAUCCCUUCAUCAGACUGCAGACAGCAUGACGUUGAAAUGGACCCCCAACCAGUUAAUGAACGGUUCUGUGGGAGAUCUGGACUACGAGAAAAGGCUAAUUUCUAAAAUUUCCCAGUGUCCAGGGAAGACACACAGAGAGAGAGGUCAAACCACAAAUGUGUAUUGGGACUAUGCCAUGACCAUUCGCCUCGAGGAGAUCGUCUACCUGCACUGUCACCAGCAGGUAGACAGCGGCGGGACAGUAGUUUUGGUGAGUCAGGAUGGAAUUCAGAGGCCUCCGCUCAGGUUUCCCAAAGGAGGACACCUGCUUCAGUUUCUGUCCUGCCUAGAAAAUGGUCUCCUCCCUCAUGGACAGCUGGACCCACCUCUUUGGUCACAGAGGGGGAAGGGGAAGGUGUUUCCAAAGCUAAGAAAGCGAAGUCCCCAGGGCUCUUCCGAGUCGGCAUCUGAUAAGGAAGACGAUGAAGCUACAGACUACGUUUUCCGGAUAAUAUACCCCGGCAUGCAGUCAGAGUUUGUGCCCCAGGAGCUGAUAGACACACCAGCCAGCAGCCUGCCUUCCAUGUGGCAACCUAGCACCCGCAAGUCAUCCUGCUCCUCGUGCUCCCAGAACAGCUCCUCUGAUGGUGGCCCAUCCAACGGCUGCAACCACGAAAGAACCCCACUGAAGCUCCUGUGUGACAACAUGAAAUACCAGAUCCUCUCCCGGGCGUUCUAUGGCUGGCUGGCGUACUGUCGACAUCUCUCCACUGUUCGAACCCACCUAUCUGCAUUGGUUAACCACAACAUUGUGUCUCCUGACCUGCCAUGUAAUGCCAGCUGUGGACUGACUGCAGAGAUAUGGCAAAAAUACCUGCAGGAUAGCACGAGUUACGAGGAGCAGGAGUUGUUACGGCUCAUCUACUAUGGUGGGAUCCAGCCUGAGAUCAGGAAAGCUGUCUGGCCCUUCCUCUUGGGUCACUACCACUUCGGGAUGACGGGAGCUGAGAGGAGAGAGGUUGAUGAUCAGGUCCGGGCCUGCUAUGAACAGAUCAUGGCGGAAUGGCUGGGCUGCGAGGCCAUUGUUCGGCAAAGGGAGAAGGAAUCCCACGCUGCGGCUCUGGCCAAGUGCUCUUCUGGGGCGAGCUUAGACACCCACAUUCAGAGGAUGAUGCACAGGGAUUCGACUGUCAGCAACGAGUCUUCCCAAAGCUGUAGCUCUGGCAGGCAAAGCCACGCCCGGCUGCAGAGUGACUCCAGCUCCAGCACACAGGUGUUUGAAUCAGUUGAGGAUAUGGAACAGACCGAGGCAGAUACCCAACUCGAAGAUGGCAAACAAGCCAAAAUCCUAAACGGGACGAUCGCCAAUGGCACAUGUUCCCCUGAGUCUGGCCAUCCUUCAUCUCAGAAUUUCUACAGCACGUCAGAGCACAGCUUCAGCACAGACAAUAACGCGAUGGAAUCCAACAAAACUGGGGCCUGCCACCAAGGGAAAGCCAGUGGGGCAGAGGCCCCGAAACCACAGAGCUCAGCCAAUACGUUGUCAGAGGAUAAACUGGCAGGGGAGGAUCUGCAGGGCCAGGACAGCCUGGAAGGUGAAUGUCCCAUGAAUGGAAGCCUAGAAGUCUUUAUUCCAGUUGGCGGGAGCACAGUGGUGGUUUUGCCUGACAGUGAAGCAGUGGGCCUUUCCGUGGUGGAUGAGAGCUGGGCUGAUAGUGAAGCUGAGAAGCGCAGCUUGGUGGGGAGUGAGGACAAUCUGUCAGAGGAACCAGAGAUGGAGAGCUUGUACCCACAGCUGGAUUCACUAGCUGUGGCUGACUUGGCUAAUAAUGAAGUUUCUCCCGUCUCCUCAACUGGAGUCACCUAUUCUCCAGAGCUCCUGGACAUGUACACCGUGAACCUGCAUCGCAUUGAGAAGGAUGUGCAGAGAUGCGACCGGAACUACUGGUACUUCACACCUGCCAACCUCGAGAAGCUCCGCAACGUCAUGUGCAGCUACAUCUGGCAGCACAUUGAGAUUGGCUACGUGCAGGGAAUGUGCGACCUGCUGGCGCCUCUCCUGGUCAUCCUGGAUGAUGAGGCGCUUGCGUUCAGCUGUUUCACCGAGCUCAUGAAAAGGAUGAACCAGAAUUUCCCACAUGGGGGAGCCAUGGACACCCACUUUGCUAACAUGAGGUCUCUGAUCCAGAUCUUGGACUCGGAGCUCUUUGAGCUGAUGCACCAGAAUGGGGACUACACCCAUUUCUACUUCUGCUAUCGAUGGUUUCUCCUGGACUUCAAGCGAGAGCUGGUGUAUGAUGAUGUUUUCUCUGUCUGGGAGACAAUCUGGGCAGCUGCACGCGUCUCCUCUUCGCACUAUGUCCUCUUCAUAGCCUUGGCCUUGGUGGAAAUGUACCGGGAUAUCAUUUUGGAAAAUAACAUGGAUUUUACAGAUAUCAUCAAGUUCUUCAAUGAGAUGGCUGAGCGGCACAACACGAAACGGCUCCUGAAGCUGGCCCGGGAUCUUGUGUACAAAGUCCAGACGCUGAUUGAGAAUAAAUGAAAGGCCUGGGAAGGGUGGGCUGUUUGGCGAGACGUCGCGGAUCCCGUCCAACACUUCCUGCCCCAUCUCCUUUUUCUUGAAGUGCCACACCAGUGACAAAAAAACCUUGGUAGUUUGACACAUGCUGCUCUCUAAGAAGAAAGUACCCUUCUCUCUGCUCUCAUGCUGUUGAGCUUAGACAUUAAGGGAAGGGUCUCCUGGUUUAGUUCUUCAGUUCAACAUUCAUUUUCAGUGAUUGACCAAAGAUCUGUAAAUCUGCAUCUUAGUUUUUGUUUCAAACAUUUCUACUUUGGAAGCAAAUCCUGGGCAGACACUGCCUUGCUUUGCUUUGAUGGUAUUACUGCAGUUCUGGUUCCCAUCUUUAGCAAGAGCACUUUCCAGACAAAGCUUUCUCAAAGAGGGUGGGCUACAGGCAGACUGUGCCUCUGCUGCCCCUUGGGUCCACCUUUGAAUUUGCAGCAUAUACUGCAGGGGAACAAAGCACUUCCCAAGAAGCAGCUUCCUCACGUGACAAGAAAGCCAGGCAGCAUCCCUCUCAAGCUAGUAAAAACUAGGGUGUUCUCCACAUUCGGCUCUGUGGGAGGAGCGGGAGGCUGUGCCUUCAGCAGAGAGAGACUGAUCAGAGAAGUUCCUCCUACGAUAGACCCUCUCCCUUGUUGGGGGCUCUGUUUUCCUCCCAUUCCCUAGGGUUUACUGUUUGCUCCUCACCCCAGGAUCAGAGCAUUUGGAGUUCCAACUCCGGCUAAGUUUCCAAAAGAGCUCAGGAUGCCAAGUAUUUCAGUGCCAACAUAGGAGCUGAGCUGUACUGGAAAGUCUGGUUCCAACUGUGGGUCCUGAGCACCUGAAAAAUCUAGCCUUGAGCUCUUUUGAAAAUUCAGAGUUUGUGCCCAGAGGAGUCUCUUGUGUUUAUGGAACCUGAUCCUUAGCCCAUUGAAGUCAAUGGAAGGACUCUAGGUGGCCAUCAGUGGGCUUUGGGUCAGGCCCACGUGGAGGAAAAUAGACCAAGCGUAGCAUUCUCUGCUCUGGGUACCCAGAGUGGUGCAAUUCCAAGGCAGCUUCCUUGCAGUGGCACUAGCGUUGUGCCCCACUGGUGCUGUGGUGUGCAGCACCUUGGCCACACAAGAGCAGCAGGAAAACAGAGCUGCAGGGUAAUUGGUGAGGUUAGUGCAGCCAAGAGUUUGGGUUUAUUUUUCAACUCAGGUAAAAAAAAGUAGAAGAGGAAAAGGAGAAAAGUGGAUUGUGGUAGUGGGUUAGUUCCCACCUGCCCAGAAAGGUCACUGUCAUGGCUAAACCAAUCCAUGGUUGCUCCUGGCAGCUGGGAAAAUGCUUUGCUGUAGCUCUUUCAAGGGUACUUUCUCUCAAAUUGUGCUGCAAAAAUCUGCCUGCCAUGAAAUGUGUGACAAAUGUGUUUUCUCUUCCUCCACUCAGCUCCCCCAGCAGGGCUAGGCCAGAGCCCUCUGCGAUGAGGGAGUGGUGUUCACCAGAAGGGGAAAGGGACUCCUCUGUUUCUCCUCCUGCAGAACCCUUCUUUGUACUGGUGUAUUUUGUAUUUGUGUGUUGUCUGUCUCAGACGUUGCUUGCAGAAGAAACCCAGAAGAAAAUAGUGCAUGCUCCAGAAAUCAGUUGCAGCGUACAGUGAGCCAGUCUGCAGUAUGUGAACAAAUCAGCUCAUCCCUCUGUACUAUUGGGAUGCAGGGUCUGUAACUGCAAACCAGGGAAGGGCAGGGCCUGCUGAACCCUUUUGCUGGAGAAGAAUACAGCGCGAGGUGAAAGCAGAGGAAAUCUGUCUUCUCUAAUUUCUUAUUUUGCAGGCUAUUUGAACUUUAUCCACAUGAGGUAGGAAACCCUUUGAAGCAAUUUUCUGCCCAGGUUAGAGCCAAUCUGCUGUAUUAAACUCCAAAAAGAGAUUAAUUUACUGGAGAAAACAGUCUGUUCAAGCAUCUGAAAUAGUCUGCAUGGAAACUGAAGAAGCUGAGCUUUAACCUUUCAGGUUCGACUAUGAAUCUCUUGUCUUUUCCUAAAGCAGAGAGCAAAUCUCACGCCUACACUGGUGACCUGUUCCUGAUUCUAGACCUUGUAGCUUUUCAGAUGUUAGAAUGGAUAAGUAAUCUGAGUAACCUUGUUCUAAAGUGGAAGGGAUCAAAGUGACACUUUUACAUAGCAAAACUAAGGAAUAAUAACUAUUAGAUAGGCAUAAAUAGUAGUAUUUUAUCAAGCAACAACUCUGAUGACACUAGUUUUCAGGCUUUUUUUUUAAACGGAUAGCUGAGAAUCCUGCACAAUAUCAGCUAUCUGUAUGAUCUGACUGUGUCUUCGGGCCCAUCAGUAGCAGUGUUUUUGAAUAACUUCUAACAAAAAAAAAAGUAUUUAUUUAUUCUAUUGACUGUACAUUACUGUGUGUCCUUGUAUACUGAAUUCAGUGAGUGUGACUCUUUAUGCAAAUGGAGAUAUAUCUUUCAAUGUUGCAAACAUAUCUUGUAAAUGUUUACCAGAAAAUUGUGUCUAUAUAUGCAGUAUAGAGAAAAAAUGUGAUUAAGUCGGUAUUAUUUUUUGAAGGGGGAAAAAAAAUCUUUGCUUCUAAGAACUGCGUGGUUCUCUAUAGCACCUACUCAAUGAUGUGCCAAUCUGUCACUUUCCUUGUACUGUGAGAAUUGUUCUGUUAAAGCAACAAAAAGCUCAAUGCAGGUUAAGAAACCAUUUGAUCUCAGCUUUGCUUGGUUUAUCGCUGAUUAAAAAUUGUGGAACAGAAACAGAAGUAACAAUUUUAUCCCUGAUCCCUCCAUGGAAUCGCCACAGGUGGCUUCUUUCGCCCUACUGAUUUCUGUGGAGCUCUGCACAGGCACUGGGGUCAUCCUGGGUAGAAGUGAUUGCAGGAUUAGGGCCUAACGUGUUUUAUUGCAGCAAAUUAGAUUCCCCCAAGAAUUUAAUAUAUUAGGCUGCAGUUAUAGCAACACUGCAUCCAUUUUGCUCUAAGAGUAUGAACGUUAAACUGACCCCAAAGUACUCUCCAGAAAAAUAAUGAAAAGUGUCCAUAGAGAAAGCUUGUGGGAUACAUUCUACUCUCAUUUUGAAUGUAAAUCCAGAGUAACUCCAUUGCAGGCAAUGGACCAAAUGUAACAUUCAAAUGGGAGCUGCCAGCAUAU